GCUUUUUUUCUUCCUUUUAUAUCAAACUUGUCUUAUAAUUCUCUCAAUUCUCAAAACUCUUCACUUUUUCUCAAUAAUUUUUUGCUCCAAAACCCUUAUUUUCUGUUUUGUGUUUACUUGUGUUUGCAUAUUUAUAGCUGUAAAGGGAAAUCUGGAUGCUGGAUUGAGAAGGGGAUUGCUAAUGAAAGGUUGAAGAUUUAUAUAACAAAUAGAGGUAACAUCAUGGGUUCAGUUUGUUCCUGUUUCACUGUUCGGGAUGUUGAUGUUGGAGGGAAUGCUGCCUCGAAUGAUCAGAAUCAUACUUUAUGCAAGUGUUUCAGUUGCUGCUUUCAGAACUUAAUUAAUAAGUGUGGAACCAUAUUUGGUCAAGCACAAGGAACUGCUGGGACUUCAGUUAAUCAAGGCCCGCCAUCUUCGACUGCUCCAAAUGCUAUAAACAGUUCAUGUAAUACAAUCAGGUCUCAGGAUAGACGUUUACCAAAUAGUGGUGCUCCUCCAAGACGGCUUCAAAUACAAGAAGAUGUUGCAUUUAGACGACAGGAAAAAGGAAUAAGUCAUUCACGAGUUGAACCUGAACCAGAUGUAGAUGCUGAUAUUGAGACAACUCAAAAGCUUCUAAAAGCAGGCAAUCUGCUUAAGUCAGACUCUGCUCAUCAAGGCCCGUCAUCUUCGACUGCUGGAGUUACCAUCAACAGUUCACAUAAUACAAUCAUGUCUCGUGAUAGAGGUUUACCAAAUACCGCUGCUCCAAGACAGCCACAAAUCCAACAAGAUGUUGCAUUUAAACAACAGGACAAAAGAACAAGUCAUUCACGAGUUGAGCCUGAACCUGCUGAUGUUGAAAUAAUAGUAGGAGCAGACACACUGCUUAAAUCAAACUGUGAUGGAGGAUCUAAAGAAUGUCGUCCAGAGAUGAUGGUGACUGCAGUUCAACAUGACGUUUGCUCAUCAGAAGAUGAGGAUGUAUGUCCCACAUGCCUCGAAGAGUAUACACCAGAGAAUCCCAAGAUAUUAACGAAAUGUUCUCAUCAUUAUCACCUCAGCUGUAUUUAUGAGUGGCAAGAGAGAAGUGAAACAUGUCCAGUUUGUGGAAAGUUGAUGGAAUUCGAGGAGACAAAUUGAUGGUCAGAGUUGAAGAGAAGGAGCUUAGAUGAAAUGAAAAACAGAUGUAGAUGUGAAGAUUUCCUGCAUACUCUUAGUAAGGUGUACAUAAUUUUUUACCACACUUUGGUACCCUGACAUCUACAAAGGAUGGAUCGAUGAGUAACAUGAUAUACAGUCUAGAGAAUUUUUGGUUCUCGUUGAACUCUUUUCUUUUCGAUACUUAACUUUUGCUGCCAUGGGCUACUUUGUGGGUGUUUUAUUGAAAACUCGUGAGACCACCAACUACUUGUGCAGUUGUACUAAACGGGAGAAGAGUCCACCCCGUUUGUUCAUGAGGUUUAGGCCCGUGAGUGAGAUCUCUGCUCAUUGCAGGCAUGUCCGCGGUUCUUCACCACCUGGAUAGUCCCAAACUCUUGUGUCUCUACCCUUGAUCAGAUAAAGCUGAAAUUUAGAUUAUUCAAGUUAUCAGUAUAUGCUGUCUUUUUUGCACUGUGGCCUUUACAACUUGAAGAUUAAUGGCAUAAAGCUAAAGUUUAUUGCUA